AUGGCAACGAGCAACAAUGUGAUCGUAUGCAUAAAUUUCGUGGCUGUGAUCCUCUCAAUCCCAAUAAUUGGUUCCGGAAUCUGGCUAGCAAACGAGCAGGCAGAUUCCUGCGUCCAGUUUCUGCAAUGGCCAGUCAUCAUCCUCGGAGUUCUCAUCUUGGUGGUGGCUCUCGCAGGUUGCAUUGGAGCUUUUUUCAGAAUCACGUGGCUUCUGAUAGUGUACCUCGUUGCCAUGCUUGUGCUCGUGAUACUGCUAGUGUGUCUGGUGGGGUUUGUUUAUAUGGUCACGCUUCGAGGUCAUGGCAACAUUGAAGCCGACCGGGCUUACUUGCAGUAUCAUAUGGACGACUUUUCUGGGUUCCUUCGUCGAAGGGUUAGAAGCUCCUUCAAGUGGGAUCGCAUCAGAAGCUGCAUUAGCCAAACCAACAUGUGUGCUGAGCUCAACCAGAGUUACCGAAUGGCUGAUGACUUCUUCAACGCACGUCUAACGCCCAUGCAGUCAGGGUGCUGCAGGCCACCAACGCGAUGUGGGUACCAGUUUGUGAACCCAACCUAUUGGAUUAGAGCGUUCGACCUAGCAGCAGAUAUGGAUUGCCUUCAAUGGAGCAACGAACAGACACAACUUUGCUACAGCUGUGAUUCAUGCAAGGGCGGUUUAUUGGCUAAUCUUAGGAAGGAAUGGAAAAGGGCCAAUGUGAUAUUAAUCAUCACAGUCAUUGUUCUAAUUGUGGUUUAUUUGGUAGGGUGCUGUGCCUUUAGGAAUGCCAAAACUGAGGACCUCUUCCGCAAAUAUAAACAGGGCUAUACUUGA